AUGGAUUUUCGGGAGUUGGGUAGUUUCAACCAUGCCCUGUUAUACAAGCAAGGGUGGCGCCUGUUAGAGUUCCUCAAUUCCUUGGUAGCUUGUAUGCUCAAAGCACGGUACUUCCUCGAUACAGAUUUCUUACAAGCUUCCCAUGGUGAUUACCCAUCUUUUACGUGGCUGUCCAUCUUGUGGGGACGUGAACUGUUACAACUUGGCCUCCAUUUGCACAUUUGCGAAGGACGGUUGGUUCGAAUUUAUGGAGAUUCUUGGAUUCGACAUGCCCGUGUGUUUACGGCCCAAUCAUGGGCCAUUUUAGAUCCUGAUGCUCGAGUGUCUGAACUACUCACUGCCAGCGGAGGUUGGGAUAUACCAAAGAUUUAUCAAGUUUUCAAUUUUCUCGAGGAAGAGCUUGUUAUUUCUAUUCCCAUCUCUUUGGAUAGAAGGAUGUGGCACUUUAAAUCAAAUGGUAGAUAUAGUGUAAAAAGUGGAUAUUGGGUAGCUAAUGAACAUCAACGACUUGCUAGUACUACAGCUGCUGAUUGGCCUAGUUCAUCUUCUGUCAACAAACUAUGGAAACAUUUGUGGAAGCUGAAGGUGCCUCCAAAAAAUUUUCUUUUUCUAUGGAGAUUUGUACAGAAUAUUCUCCCAUCAAGGGAUGUACUUUAUCGGCUCAGGAGGCUGAUCACUGAUGUUGUUUGUUUUCGUUGCCUUACUGCUCUUGAAACAUCCACCCAUGCUAUGUUUGAUUGUGACAGCAGUCGACAAGCCUGGGAAGGGGUGGGGCUUUCUGUUAUGCCUCUUAUAUCACAAAGUCAUGAGCCGAAAUCUCUACUUGUAGCGGCGCUGGGGGUGUUCUCUGGGGACCAAUUACCCGAGUCCCCCCAUGCCAACUAUUACGGUACGGUGGCAGCCCCCCCUAAUGGUUUUUUAAAACUAGAUGUGGAUAAGGAUGUAGAUAUGAAAGAUGGAUCGAAGGGGGUUGAUUUUGUGGUUCGUGAUCCCAAUGGUGAAUUAACUUGGAGCUGUGGCUAUGCGAGCUCCUGA